AUGGAGAGGCAGGCACAACAACCAGCGGCAGGCCCGCCCACUCCGAAACUGCGUCGGCGGCGACGGCCCGCGUUAUCGUGCCGCGAAUGCCGUCGCCGCAAGAUCAAGUGCGACCACAACAACCCGUGCGGCCACUGCCAGCACCACAAGACGCAGUGCAUCUACCGGCCCUACAGCUACGAGGAGAACAUAUCCAUAUCCCGUCCAGGAGCAGGAGCACAGUCACAGUCCCCGGCCGAGAACCAGCAAUCGUUCGGCGAUGAUGCCGCCAGUUCACGCGCGACCACGCAAAGUCCCCCCAGCCUCCGUGAUCUCCUGCAGCGGGUGCAGAAGCUCGAGGAGUCGUCGGCACCCCGGACUGACGACAACCUAACCACUCUUCAUGCUCUCUCCGAAGCAGACCGCAACUCUCUUGCCCACCCGUCGCCGGCCACGCAGCAGGAAUGGCAGGCAGUGCUGAACAAGCCCCGGGACUGGGGCCGGAGCCGUUGGAUGGGCGCCGCCGCCGACGAGUAUGCCGCCAUCAUCGCCUGCUACAGCGAGAUGAUCGGCCGCGACAGCAAGGAACCCGCUUUUCAGACACCUGAAGUUGCCGCUCUGAUUACCGAGGCGGGCGAGUACCUGCGGAAAUGCAAGGUAAGGGCGAAGAGCAUCAAAGUUGGCCGGCCCACCCGCGGCUUGCCUCCUCCGGGCUACGGCCUCAACCCCCCUUCUCGGGACGUGGCCGAUGCCAUCGCCAACCUCUACUUUGCGUCGUUCGAGUCGACGCACCGCAUUCUGCACGCCCCGACUUUCUGGGCCGAGUACCAAAAGUUCUGGGAGCAGCCCGACGCCGCCGCACCCGACCUCCGCCUCAAGGUGCUCCUCGUCAUUGGCAUCGGAUCGAGUCUCUACGACCACGGCGACGCGGCCGCCACGCACCGCAACAUUGAGACCGUCCACCAAUGGAUCUACGCCGCGCAAAUGUGGCUCUCAGGCCCGCUGGAGAAGGACCGCCUCAACAUGACGGGGCUGCAGAUCUACUGCCUCACCCUGCUCGCGCGCCAGAUCUUCUCCAUCGGCGGCGACACGGUGUGGUUGUCGGUCGGCUCGCUCGUGCACCGCGCCAUGCAGAUGGGCCUGCACCGCGACCCCAAGCACCUUCCCGCCAUGCCCCUCCUCCAGGCCGAGCUCCGCCGCCGGCUGUGGGCCACCAUCCUCGAGCUCGUCGUGCAGGCCUCGCUCGACGCCUGGAUGCCGCCGCGCAUCUCGCUCGACGAGUUCGACACGCUCCCGCCGGCCAACGUCAACGACGACGAGCUCCUCUCCGACUCCGCCACCUCACUCACCCCCCACCCGCCCACCACCUUCACCAGCACCUCGAUCCAACUCGCCCUGCUCUCCUCCCUCCCCACCCGCCUGCGAAUCGUGCACCUGCUCAACAACCUGCACGCCUCCCCCUCCUACCCCUCCAUCCUGUCCCUCACGUCGCAACUCACCUCCGCCCUGGCCCCGUCCCAGGCCCUGAAAUCCGCCACCCCGUUCCACCGCAACCUCCUCGACUACCUCACCCGGCGCUUCCUCAUCCCCCUGCACUACGCGCCCGCCCACGCGGCGCACGCCAACCCUCUCUUCCACUACUCCCUCAAGCUAUCGUUGGACGCCGCGCUGGCCCUCAUCUCGCCUGAACAACCCGACCCGCUGUUCGCGCAGCUCAUGGCCACAGGCGGCGGUUUAUUCCGGGAGGGGAUCCGUCACGCGGCGUCGGCGGUCGGGUUGGAGUUGCUGUCACAUGUAGAGUCACAAAGGCGGAGUGGGACGCUGGGACGGGUGACGCAUUAUAGGGAGGUGUUAAAAGGGGCGGUAGGGGAGUUGAUGAGGCUUGCUGAGGAACGGGUGAGGAGGGGGGAGACGAACGUCAAGAGUCAUAUGUUUUUGGGCAUGAUUUUGGGACAGGUGGCGGCUGUUGAGGAGGGGAGGGAUGUUGGUAUGGCGGUGGCAAAGGCGGCGAGGGAUAGUCUGGAGUUUUGCUAUGGGUUGUUGUUGAGGUUGAGGCCUGAGGGGAGCGGGCUGACGCCGGAGGAUGCCGGGGUGGAUGGUAUGAUAGGGUCUGGGAUGGAUGCGGUUGAGGGGAUGGGGUUUGACGGGAUUGGAAUGGGUGGGGAGCUGUAUUGGGAGAGUUUCUUUCCGGAUGGCGGGUUUUGA